UGAUACAGUAUUUCUUUGUCUCUAACUCUUGACCCCCCUGCUGGGUCAAGCCCAUCCCUGCCUGGCUGCUCCUCUCUGCCCGCAGCUCAUCAUUGAAUAAAACAUGUGAGCCACACGCUGCUGCUCUCUGCUUCUUGCAAAUCUCAGCCACCUAGCCUUACCCUGCAUCUCUCUCCCGCUUUUCUUUUCUUUGCUGUCCUCUCUGUUAUCUCAGUAGAUGUAUUUCUUCUCAACUAUCUCCUUCUGCUCCUCCUUCAUCCUUGGUUUUCCUCCCUUUUUCUUUCUUUGUCUUCUUCCGUUCUCCAUCUAAUAGUUCUCCCAGGUGACCGGCACUGAGCGAAGAGCUCCCUCCUCUUUUGUACUGAAGCUGAGUGGUCGAUUGCACUCCCAAUGCUCUUCAGGCGACAACUCCUCCCUCCCCUCCCUCCAGUUUGCACGGUAGAGGCAGAAGAAGUGUGUAAGAUCAUACUAUUGUCUGCUUACCACCACACCGGCACUUAAGGAUGAGCUUACACAAAGACAGUAAGCAAGCAGAGACGAAAGACUGUGCUGGAGAGUGGGAAGAGAAAAUAGGUAGCUUUCCUUGAAAACAUUUUGUGUCCCACCCUGAAUGAUGGUACCCAAAGGGAGAGGCAUGCCACUGACAGUAGCAGCUCUCCAGAUGGUAAUCAGGGUGAAGCCAAGCUCUCUGUCCUUGUUAUAGCAACACAUGGAGGUCUGUUUCAUUUGGCAAUACAUCAAUGGACGAUUCUGGGAAUAUUCGCAGCCUGAGCCGGGAGCAAGUGGAGAAAUGCAUGAGCUCAAUGCAGAUUGGGACCCAGAUGGUGAAGCUUCGUGGUGGCUCCAAGGGACUGGUGCGGUUCUUCUACCUGGACGAACACAAGUCCUGCAUCCGCUGGAGGCCAUCACGCAAGAAUGAGAAGGCAAAGAUCUCCAUUGACUCUGUCCGCGAGGUCUGUGAGGGUAAGCGAUCUGAGAUUUUCCAGCGCUACGCAGAUGGCAGCUUUGACCCAAACUGCUGCUUCAGUCUGUAUUAUGGAGAGCACAUGGAGUCCUUGGACCUGGUGUCUAGCACAGGAGAGGAGGCACGAACCUGGAUCACUGGCCUCAAGUACCUGAUGGCUGGUAUCAGUGAUGAAGACAGCUUGGCCAAGAGGCAGCGCACCCGUGACCAAUGGCUGAAGCAGACGUUCACUGAAGCUGAUAAGAAUGGCGAUGGGAGUUUAAGCAUCAGUGAGGUUCUUCAACUUUUGCAUAAACUCAAUGUCAACCUGCCACGACAGAAGGUCAAGCAGAUGUUCAAGGAGGCAGACACAGAUGACAAACAGGGAACUUUGGGGUUUGAGGAGUUCUGUUCCUUCUAUAAGAUGAUGUCGACCCGCAGAGAUCUGUACCUCCUCAUGCUCACCUACAGCAACCACAAAGACCACCUGGACACAGAUGACCUCGCUCGUUUUUUGGAGAUUGAGCAAAAGAUGCCAAAGGUGACUAAGGACCAUUGCCUGGAGAUAAUUAACAAAUUUGAGCCGUGCUCUGAAAACCAAAAGCAGGGAGUUCUGGGAAUUGAUGGUUUUACUAAUUACAUGCGCAGUCCAGCUGGGGACAUCUUUAACCCAGAGCACUACAACGUGAACCAGGACAUGACUCAGCCAUUGUGCAACUACUUUAUUGCCUCAUCGCACAACACCUACCUGAUGGGAGACCAGCUGAUGUCCCAGUCCAGGGUGGACAUGUAUGCCUGGGUGCUGCAGGCUGGUUGUCGCUGUGUGGAAGUUGAUUGCUGGGAUGGUCAGGAUGGAGAGCCCAUUGUACACCAUGGCUACACCCUCACCUCCAAGAUUCUUUUCAAAGACGUCAUCGAGACCAUCAACAAGUACGCCUUCAUCAAGAACGACUUCCCACUCAUCCUGUCCAUAGAGAACCACUGCAGUGUUCCUCAGCAAAAGAAGAUGGCCCAAUACCUGAUUGAGAUCCUUGGGGACAAACUCGAUGUGUCCAGUGUCAAGGCAGAUGAGUCCGGGAGGUUGCCAUCACCUGAGUCUCUCAGGGGCAAGAUCCUCGUGAAGGGAAAGAAGUUGCCUCCUAAUAUUGAUGAGAACGCUGAGGAGGGAGACGUGUCGGAUGAAGACAGUGCUGAUGAGAUGGAGGACGACUGCAAGCUGAUGAACGGAGAUUGGAAGACAUCAGCUAACAGGAAAGAGGUGGAAAACAUGGCAAAGAAAAAGCUGGACAACCUGAUGAAAGAGUCCAAGAUCCGAGACCGAGAAGACCCUGACAGCUUCACCAUUCCACGCCUGCCACCAAGUGGGAAGGACCUUGAUAAGAGUGACAUCAAGGGUAAAAGUGAUGAAGGGACAGACACGGCAGAUGAGGCCAAUCCCACCAGCACCAAGCGCACAAGCCGCUCCUUCAUCGGGAGCUUCUCUAAACGCAAGAAAAAGGCAUCAAAGUUCAAGAAGACAUCAAGCUGUGAAGAUACUGACACGGAUCAGGAGAGCACAAGUAGUGGUUCCCGAGCCCCACUCCACCACAACAAAAAGAAGAAAACGGUGAAGCUUUCUAGAGCUCUGUCCGAUCUGGUGAAAUAUACCCGUUCUGUGGGUCUAUGUGAUACUGAGACCCAAGCUAACUGCAGCUGGCAGGUGUCAUCUCUGAGUGAGACCAAAGCCCAUCAACUGAUGCAGCAGAAACCAACAUCCUUCAUCCAGUUCAACCAGCGCCAGCUCUCCCGUAUCUAUCCUUCCUCUUACCGUGUGGACUCCUCUAAUUUCAACCCCCAGCCUUUCUGGAAUACUGGCUGCCAGCUCGUUGCACUCAACUACCAGUCUGAGGGACGGGUCCUUCAGCUCAACAGAGCUAAAUUCUACAGCAAUGGCAACUGUGGCUACAUUCUCAAACCUACCUGUAUGUGUGAAGGUCCCUUUAACCCGAACCUGGAGGACCCUCUGCCAGGUCGGAUGAAGAAACAGCUGGUUUUAAAGAUAAUAAGUGGACAACAGCUGCCCAAACCCAAAGAUUCAAUGCUGGGAGACAGAGGAGAGAUUAUUGAUCCGUUUGUGGAGGUGGAGAUCAUCGGCCUGCCAGUGGAUUGCUGCAAGGAACAGACCAGAGUGGUGGAUGACAAUGGGUUCAAUCCGAUGUGGGAGGAGACUCUGGUCUUCACAGUUCACAUGCCAGAGCUGACCCUUGUGCGUUUUCUUGUGUGGGAUCAUGACCCCAUCGGCCAAGACUUCAUUGGGCAGCGCACGAUUGCCUUCCACAGUAUGAUGCCAGGUUAUCGGCAUGUUUACCUGGAAGGUAUGGAGGAGGCUUCUAUUUUUGUUCAUGUGGCUGUGAAUGACAUCACUGGUAAGGCCAGAGCAGCCAGUGGUAUAAAGGGCCUGUUUCACAAAAACCCAAAGCAGGCUUCCCUGGACAGCCAUGCUGCUGUACAUCACAGCCAUAAGCACCCAUUCGGUGCCCACCUCCUGCGCCGCACUGCCAGUGCACCCACCAGAGGUCAGCCCAAACCUAAAAAGGGCUUUCCUGAGCUUGCCAUUGAAACCAAAGAUUACAGCUCAGCGGGGGCAAGUGAGGAGCGAGAGUCUGAGGACAGAGACGAGGCCUGUGCUGCCACCUCUUACCAGUUCACUCCACCACAGCAUCACAAUGGGGAAUCCCUGGCCUCCCAACAAGCCAAGGGCUCCUGGGAUCGUCCUGACACGAAUGGAGCUCUCCACCCUGAGGAGAGUAAAGACUCUUCCAUGCUGCAGAAAUCAAGCUCCCCUCCUCACAUUCCUUCACCAAACGGAGAAAACCCUAGUAACAGCUGUUUUACCCACUCUGCAUCCACUCCAGAACAGAGCCUGUCAACGCAUUACUCCACAUCUACACUGCUGCAUCCAUCAUCAGCUAUAAAUGUAGCCUCCACAGUUAACAAUCCUUUAUAUGGUGCAGUGCACAGCAAAGUUAGGAAAGCCAAAACAUUCUCUAGAGCCACAUCUGUACCACUUAGCAGUCCUGUGGUGAUAACUGAACCAUCUGAGCACAGUCGAAACACCCAGGCAAACAGAGGCACUCUGGAGGAAAAGAUAACAGAACAGAAGAAAAACCCAGAAGCUCUGAUAGAAAAAAGAACAGAUCCAGGAGAAAAAAAGUCUCAUCAGAGAGCAGAGCCCCCUGGUGAAACACAGCCCACAGGAACACCAACAAUCCCAUCUGCUCAGCCAUCCCAGGCCAGGAGAAGUCUUUUUAACCCUCCCCCACAACGCAUCCCAGUAAGACGAGCAAAAAGUGAAGGGCUUGUUCGAGGGGAUGGAGCCGGGUGGGCCCAGUCUGCUGUACCAGAGGUUUGUACAGAUGCUACCAUAAACGACCGGCUUUGGAGCAAACUGGAGCCUGGCAACCACCGAGACAGCGUGUCAUCCUCUUCCAGCCUCUCCUCAAAUGAUACGGUCAUUGACCUCUCUCUUCCUAACCUGGCCAGAAAGAGCCUCAUCAUUCUGCCAAGUCAAAGUAACAACUGCGAAUCCGCCUGGGUCAACUACCGGCACACUGCACUGGUUUCCUGUGACAUAGUGAAGGUCAGCAAGAGCAGGUCAAACCCCAACCUUCAGCAACGGAACUGUCCCAAAGAUGAGCUUAAGCCCCGCCCACUCCAGCCAGCCCAAGACUGCAUAGAGGAUUCACCUGGCAGAGUUACCCAAAGAAGGCACACCUGGUGCCGGCUUUACAUGGAAGGACUGAAGCAGGCAUCAGCCAAAAGGCCAUCAAGUGUAGCUCCAGCUUCAGCAGCAUCUAUGUCCAAAAGCCUGGGAGACCUGACCUCUGAGGAUAUUUCGUGCAACUUUGACAGUAAGUACCACAGCAUCAGCCGCAGCUUUAUUGUUAAAUCCUCUAGAGAUAGCCUCCUUAAGAGCAGCAUACAGAAGUGUCGACCACAGAGUGACCUGACGGAGCAGCUGCGGAAGCUGACUGAUGUGGAGCCUUUGAUUCCCAGUGAUUUCAACCUAGAGAAGGAACCAAGAGACGCAGAGGAAAACCAUGCUGACGAGACGCUGGUCAGACGGACCUCCUCGAGGAGCCAAAGUAGGGUACGGUACAUUGCAAACAGGGCUAAAAAGGCCCAGGAAAGAAACAGGCUCCAGGGUCUGCUCCAGGGCAGAAGUGCUAGCUUCAGCUUUACUGGAAGCAUAGGCAGCGGGAUUGCUGGUUCCAUUGAGGAGAGGGGCAAUCCAGAGGGAGCGUGCUGCGUUGGCCCCAGUCCCUGUAGCAGCGUGGACCUGCAGAGUCAUCUGGAAUCCCCCUCUCAUGUACAGUCCCCCAUAAACUCCGACAACGCUGAGCUGUUUUUCACGCUCAAACUUUGAGAACUUGCUGACUUGGAACUGAUCGUGAGAGACACAGCUAGAAACUUGUUUUGAAUACAUUUCCUCCAUAAGUUUCACAUCUGACAAUUUCUCAGAGCAAUCCGUUUCACAAAGCAGAGUAUCUGAACAUGUCAGAUUGCUCACAUCCAGGAUCCACUUUUGUGACCGGAACUUGUAAAAAUCAUUAGGUGCUUUUCCACAGCAGUAACUGGAGGCAGGUGUAAGGAGCAACACCUUCCCGCUCAGCUCUCAUUUCAGUGUGACAUCAUGAAAAAACGGCUCACACAUAUCAAGGUGGAGGAUACCAGUACUGUUACUGUACUUACAAGUGAAAGGUAAUCAUCUGAGGUUCCAGAUGCUGCUGUGAACCACCCCACAACUUAUAUAUCAUACAUGUAUAUUGAGUUUUACCCAUGUUUCUGUAUUUUCUUAGAUAUUAAUACACAGUAGCAAUAGAUCAUACAACAGGAUUUUAAUACUUUUUUUUUUUUUUGCUUGAACUGUUGACAUAUAACUUAUUUUAUGUCGAGGCAUUAUCAACCUGCCCAUCUAUGAGCAAUAUUUUGAGCAUGUUGGAUGUCAUAAAGAAAAUGUACAGUUUGAAGCUGACAGGUGUGUCUCGUGUCCUUGCUGAAAAACAUGGAGUAGUUUUUCCAAUGCUGGAUUUAAGGUGUUGAUUUUUAAAGUUGUGUUUUAAUCUGACUGAGAUCCUAUUCUGUUGCUGAUUGUAAUCUGUGGCAUGUCCAAGAACUGAGAUCCUGUUUGUUAGAGGAGUCUGUUUAAACAGUGAACUCGGUCCUUUUAUGUUGACUGCAUGCUUUUUAUGCACUGUACUGGUUUUCCUUUAUUUUAUCAAUACUUUUAUAUGAAGAUUUAAGAUUUUAGCAUUUUUGGAUUGUCUCGUGUUGGUAAGCAGGGCAUCAGAUUAGAAUCUCUGUUUUCAUUUCUCUGCUAAUAAGGGAAGAUGGUAAUGAUGUGUGUAGAAGCACGUUUGUACUGUUUGCCCUGCUGUCCCAAUUAUUUGAGCAAAAACUUUGAGGACAAUAUUGAGUUCAAACAAUGUGUAAUUAUGACCUGAAUAAAACUCAGAUAUUACUGAA